AUGUCGCGUCGAGUUGUGUCUUCUACUCGGGAGAAUAAACGGAUAAGGAUAGAUGGAAAUCCGAAAAUGGAGGAGAACGCCCUUAAGGUCUUCCGCAUCACAUUCGAGUCGGGCAGCCUUUUUAGUAUCGGGCGUGAAAAAACUCAUCAGUACAAAAACGGACGGACGCCUUUGCAUUAUUCCGUCUUCAAUAACCUACCCGCCUAUGUGAAACUUCUGGUUAAGAACGGUGCCAACCCGAACCGCGAGUGCAACGAACAUCUUACACCAAUAGCACUCGCCAUCAUCGAAGACAAUUCAGAGAUGCUGACACUCCUAAUAUCUAUCGGAGCCGACCCUGACCGUAUCGUAGAGUUGGAUGGCGAGCAGGUGACGCUUCUGCAGCUCGCAGUGAGUUUGUACAAUUUUAAAAUCGUACGGCUGUUGUUGGAGAAUGGUGCGGAUCCAGACAAAAGUGCCCCCGCGACGGGAGAAACAGCGUUACACGUUGCCGCACGCGCCCGUCCACUCGAGAGAAGAAAGCUGAUAGCUCUGCAAUCCACGUUGUACACAUUGAUUGCGCGCGGCGCCUCACUCGAGACGACACGAAACGAUGGUUUUUACCCCAUUACAGGUGGCCAUAUUGUAUAG